AUGAUGUCCUCCUCGAGUAUUACACUGACUGAUGUUCAACAACAACUGACUAUCUUUGUCUAUCCAGUUUGGCUUGUGUUUGGCAUCACUGGCUGUCUGCUCAAUCUUCUCAUCUUCUCUCGGCCACAACUACGAACCACUUCAUUCUCAAUCUAUUUCUUUGCUGCUUCAUUCGAUCAUCUACUCACAUUGAUUGUUGGCAUUGGGCCUGUUCUCUACUCUCUCAACCAUCCCGAUCCACAAACACACUCACUAGCUUUCUGCAAACUUCGAGGCUAUUUCUUCCAAAUCUGUCUCAUGCUCUCACGCUGGUUUGUUGCAUUUGCAUGUAUUGAUCGUUAUGUACUGACAUGUGAGCGAGUUUCACUGAGAAAUAUGGCCAAUCGAAAAAUAGCAAAGCGAGCCAUCGCAACGGCCACUCUCGUUUGGAUCGUAAUAUGUUCACACAGACUCAUCUUCUAUGAGAUCAAGGACGAUCUAUGUGGCAUUGUAAACAGCAUUGGUGCAGCAUUGUAUCAUGGUUUCUACGUAAUUGUGGGUGGCGGAUUAUGUCCAGCGUUGAUCAUGAUUACAUGUGCAUAUCUCAUUCAUCAAAAUCUCGCACAUAAAGAGCAGAGACGUAUGCAAUUGUCAAUGAAGGAUGGUCGAAAGCGAUCACUUGAUCAACAAGUGCUAAGAAUGUUGUUCAUUCAAAUCAUCUGCUAUAUAAUAUUCAUUGUACCUCAACUGGGCAAUUUAAUAUUCAAUACGAUAUCAAUCGCGAUUAUAAAUCAAUGCAGCACAAGUCUUGUGGUAGACCGGUUUGUUGCAUUUAUGGCAGAGUUAGUGCUCUACAUGUUUCCGGUCACAUCGUUUUAUUUAUACACACUUACUUCACGAACGUUUCGUUCAGAGCUGAAGAAAUUGAUUCGUGGUAUCUUCCCUAAUAGUUGUGAAAUUCAAAUUACACCAACUACGGAUGGCACAAUGACAGUUGAUAUUUAA